ACAAACUACCAGUCAUUCGAAGGUACGAACACUUGAUUCGGCGUUCGCUAUAUUUAUUUACAUUUUUUGUUCUCAAUCGAUUAUUGCUUCCAUUACGCGUCUGGCAAUGACUCAGUGAAGUUUGAUUUCUGCUUGUGGAGUGCUACUCGAAUAAAACUGUGAUAAUAAGAACGAACGGUGCCAUCUCAAUACUCUACAAAGAUGAAUAUAUUUGGGCUAAGUGUUCUGACCAUAGGUUUCAUCCUAUCAGGAUGUCAAGCCAAAGAAAACAACACAACCGGAGGACUUCCCAUCGUUAUGUGGCAUGGAAUGGGUGAUACCUGUUGCUUCCCGUUCAGUUUAGGUGGCUUCAAGAAAUUCUUGGAGGCAGAACUUGAGGUGUACAUCAAGUCUGUAGAAAUUGGCAAUUCGAUCGUUACGGACUACAAGAGUGGUUACUUAAUUCACCCCAACAAGCAGGUGGAAGACGUCUGCCAACAGCUGAACAACGAUCCAAAACUAGCAAAUGGCUACAAUGCGAUCGGAUUCUCGCAAGGAGGACAAUUUCUCCGUGCCAUUGCUCAGCGCUGUCCCACUCCUAAAAUGAACAACUUGAUCACCCUCGGGGGCCAGCAUCAGGGUGUAUUUGGACUGCCGGACUGUCCAUCGCUCAGCAGUAAGACAUGCGAAUACUUUAGGCAGUUGCUUAACUAUGCUGCGUACGCGCGAUGGGUGCAGGACUACUUGGUACAAGCUACCUACUGGCACGAUCCGCUGAAUGAGUAUGUGUACAGGGAAUCGAGCACUUUCCUAGCUGAUAUCAACAACGAACGGAUGGUAAACGAAACGUACAUCCAGAACCUGCAGGGUUUGAACAAAUUUGUGAUGGUGAAAUUCACCAAGGAUAAAAUUGUACAACCGAUCGAGUCGCAGUGGUUUGGCUAUUACAAACCGGGACAAGACAAGGAAACUCAAAAGCUCGAGGAGUCCGAGUUGUUUUUGAAGAACCGCCUUGGGCUGCAGGAAAUGCAUCAACGGAAUAAGCUCGUAUUUUUGGAAUGUGAAGGCAACCAUCUUCAAUUCACCAAGGACUGGUUCAAAUCCAAUAUCUUUCCCUUUUUGUAAACCAAAGAGCAGGAUCAUGAAAACAACGAAUGAUUUCAAAGAUUUUAAUAAGACUCAUUACUGUUUACACUGGUUAAGUGUCAACUUGCAGUUAA